AUGCUAUCCUCCCUCUCCUCGAGCAUCGCAAAUGCUCGACAGUCGAUUGCGCAAGUGCUAAACUUUGCGCUUGUCUUAUCUACAGCUUUCAUGAUGUGGAAAGGUCUCUCAGUCUUGUCCGCAUCAAGCUCGCCAAUAGUUGUGGUUUUAUCCGGAUCAAUGGAACCGGCAUUCCAGCGUGGUGAUCUGCUAUUCUUAUGGAAUCGGAGUCCUGUGGAGAUCGGAGAAGUUGUGGUCUAUAACGUCCGUGGAAAAGAGAUUCCAAUUGUCCACAGGGUGGUUCGCAGUUUCCCGGAGGUAGAAGGACGUGCGAGCGCGAAAAAGGUGAAAGAGAUCACAGUGGAUACAACACCGAAUCGCCUGCUCCUCACUAAGGGCGAUAACAACGUGGCCGAUGAUACUGAGCUCUAUGCCCAAGAUCAGGAUCAUCUCGACCGGGCGGAGGAUGUCGUAGGCAGUGUCCGUGGCUACAUACCUAUGGUUGGCUACGUUACAAUCAUGCUCAGCGAGUACCCUUGGCUCAAGACAGUGAUGCUCGGAAUCAUGGGAUUGAUGGUAAUCCUUCAGAGGGAGUAA